AUGUCUUUGAGUUUGGUGAUAGUGGAUGGCUAUAAGUCCUUCUUUGGCUGCCCAUUUGCAUCUAUUUCAUAUCCUAGUAACUUAAAGGCUCUUUCAUAUAGGUCAAACAGUUUAUGUAUUUUCAACCAGUCUGAUGAGCUCCCAACCCCUAUUGUAAGAUCAUCUGCAUAG